CCAGCUGGCAAGUGGCACAAUGGCCGCCACAAACGUCACUUUCCGAUGGCUCGACAUACUAGAAAAGGAAUUUGACAAGGCCUUCGUUGACCUCGAUCUGUUAAUAGGUGAAGUUGAUCACUAUGACCUCGAGGAAACAGAUUUCCUGGCUCAAGCUAGGUCUCGCUUGGAGUCACUCUCGUCAUGUUUCGCACAACUUACUCACAAGGCACAGACGGUCUUCCAGGCUAAUGCUAAGCUUGAGGCAGAAUUAGUCCACCUACGCCAGGAAUGUGCUGAAGGACGUGCGUUCCGUCAGGUUGCAGAGGCAGAGAAUCGAGAACUCUUGAUGAAACUACACUCCAGUCAAUUGCAGUUGCAUUCCACUGGGGGUUCAGCACACACACAAGAUUCAGAGAAAAUUAGAGAACGUCUGGAAAAGGAACUACACGAGCAACGGGCUGAGAGUCUAAAAGCACAAGUUGGAAGUCAUGAACUUACGAUAAUAAAGAAAGAAAAUGAUUCUCUACGUCGUUAUAUCCUUGGAUUGCAAGGGGAGCUUUAUGGAGCAAAAUUGGCUGCAAAGUAUCUCGACAAAGAACUUGCUGGAAGGAUUCAGCAGAUUCAGCUCCUAGGCAGAGACCUGCGUGGCGAAGAACACGACAAACUGUGGCGCCAGUUGGAAGCAGAGAUUCAUUUACACAGGCACAAAACUGUUGUUCGGGCUUGUCGCAGUAGAUACACUCAUGCCCCACAGGCAAUGGGAGAUGCAAGAGAAGAGAACGGGGCUGGAGUUAUGAAUGGAAAUGCCAUUGCACAACCAAGUAAACAACAACAGCGCAGAGUUGUUGUUCUGGAGAAACCACUAAACGAAGGCCUCGGAAUGUCCAUCACAGGUGGAAGAGAGCAUGGAGUGCCAGUCCUUAUUUCAGUCAUACACCCAGAUACUCCAGCCAGUCGCUCAGGACAGCUGUAUGUCGGAGACGCAAUCAUCUCUGUUAAUGGUCUAUCACUAAAGGAGGUCAGCCAUGCAGAUGCAGUACGACUACUGUCUUCACAGGAAGGUACUAUCACCCUUGAGGUUGUUUAUGUGUCUCCAGAAGAGGAAGAUGAUGAUGAUGCUUCAUUAAUUGAUGAUCCCUAUGGCUUUAAGUACAAGAUAUAUGAUGAAGAUGUAGUAAGUCUUACCAGUAGUCAGCUGAUGCCAAAUGGGCGGCUCUCCAGAGCAUCCAUAGAAAGUGUACGAGGAUCCACAGACAACAUACUCCUGGAUUCCCCAAGGAGGGGCGUUGAUGUUGAUGAAGCAAUCAGCGAGGGUGUUGAAGAGAUGGCCGUCAGUAAUGGGGUAUGCUCACACUCGUCCAGCAAUGGCAUACAAGAUCUAACUAUCAGCAGCGGCACAGGGAGUCUGAUGACCAGUAAUGGCACAGGUGACUUGACAGCCAGCAAUGGUGUGGAGGCGUUGGCGGUGAGCAAUGGCACGGGAAGCUUAACAAACAGUGGGGUGCUGAUGGAAGAAGCAGUCUCACAGGAGAGUCUCAGUGGCAACACAGGACACUUAGAAUUCCAUAGUGAUGUUACAGUAAGUGAUGAUGAUGGAACAGAAGCAAAUAAAGAGAAAAGGCAAUCAUCUUCAUUAGCAGAGUCAGCAUCACCUGAAAAUACAUCAUCAGCUCCAGAAGCACAAAAGAGACCUUCUGCACAAAAGUUAGACAACUUGCAAUUAUCAGAAAAAUCAUGCGACUUAGAGCCCCUGGACACUGGGAACAGCCCGUCCCCUAAAGAAACACAAGAGUCCGUCACAGAGUCCUCCCUAAGUUCGCCAUCUAUGGAUGAGAGUAUGGAUGACCCCCAGAACAGCUGUACCCCACUAGAAGACAUCGAACGAAAGCUCAACACAGAUUUUCCUUUAGCAGAGGAUAAGAGCAAAGAGGAAGACGUUUCUACAAUAGUAGCUAACCCAGAAAUCCUACCUGUUGUGUUUAAUGGCAGUUACUAGGAGUUCUGUGCUAAUUGUGGCCAGAUGCUGGUAGCUUGACAGUUAGCUCCCUCCACACACAUACACCCGUUGCUGCUCCUUUGCUGCUGGGUUCCCUGUGUAAGGUAUUCUGUUUUUAUUCCUUAUUUUUUUGUUGAUUUUUUUUUUUUUCGUAGAUGAGAUGACGUGAGAUGUUAUUUUUACUUUUUAGUAUUUUUAUUGUUAAAGGUUUAUUUUGAGAAUUAAGUUUUGUUAGUUUAUAUUGUUGAUCCUUUAUUUUAUCUCUCGGAUUUAAAGAAGCAUUUACACGAUAUUCCUUUAUGCAUUUUCCCCAAAGCAAAUACUGUAAUAUUGUUAUCCUUUUUGGUGGAUUUAAGUCAUUUUUGCUUCUUUUAUCUUUAGACCCUCUUAGUCCCUCUGUAUUAUUAAUUUUGCAUUUUUUUUCUUUUUCAUAAGUAUGUGACAGUGAACAGGCUUGCAUUUAUAAUUUUGAUGAUUAAGAGAGCACAAUUAUGUUAAGUUAUAAAAGCAACUAUGGCAUUCAUUUUGUACAAGUUCUCUUCAACUAUUCUGAAGUAAAAUUUGAAUUGUCUUCCGCUAGUAAAAUGGUUUCCUUUGAGCUUAGACGUGAAACCACCUACUGAAAAUAAAAGGUCGGAAUGAGAGAAAAGAGGAAGCAUAGGAAAUAGAUGCAAAGUAAGAAGUGAUUUAUUGGCACUGGGUAAUGAACACAUAAAUAACGACUUCGAAAAUGCAUUGAAUUUAAGGUGAAUAUUGUAGGGGAAGGGUUAUAGGUAAAUGAUCUGAAUCUGAUGUUGCUUUGUUUGUAAAUUUUAUCCUGUUUAUGGCUUUUUUUUUUGAGUCUCGUUACCCUACCUGUAAAAGAGUGGGGGGAACAAAGAAUUAUGAAAACCAGCAAUGUUUGAACAUUUAUGUAAUAUACAGGUACAUAAUUAUUAGAUAAAACAUCAGUAUAAAUACUGUUUAUCACACAAGUAUUAUGUAGAUCUUAUUUAAUUCUUGUUAUGUAUAAAUUUAUUGCCAUUCUAUAAAUUUCUUCCAAAUAUUGUCCACAUGCAAGGAAAAUACCCUCCACGAAAUUUUUCUUAAAUUAUUGAUUUGUUACAGAGGAUGCCAAGUUAGUUUUAUGAAUGAUUAUUAGUAUAAGCUUGUAAAUCUGUCUUAUUAUAUUUGUUGAUAUUUGAUUAAAUAUUUUUCAUUGUCUUUAUGUAAAGUUUGUCGCAAUGAGGUCCUCCUUCUUUGUCUAAGCUAAGUAAAAAUUGUAUUGUAUGUAUGCAACCACACAAACAUUCCUUUAAAUGUUCACGAAGGCUAUGAAAGCUUUCAAGUAUUUUGAAGGUAAAGAGGUUGAGAUUUGUUGUAUGAUGGGUAUGAGCGUGUAUUUGUUGUAGUUGUAUCUUUGUGUGAAUACAUGUAUUCCUCUAUUUUAUCUUACACUGACAUAUUCACAAUCACAAGACUUUCACAUUCAUACACAUACAUCUAUUAUGAUUCAGAUAUUUGUCUUGCUUUACCUUGGUGUGAGCAAGACUUUUUUUCCCGUACGUUUUCUUUCCACUUUUCUAAGAUAAUUAUCAAGAUAUUUUUGUUUGGUAAGUAAGACUAUUUUUUAAAAGUGAUUUGUUUACGUCUUAUGAGUAAAGUAUUUUUAUUUUGCAUUAAAAAAAAUAAAUAAGAAAUAUAUGGAGCAGCAAUAGUCUACUGGAAUUUGUAAACUUGAAAUGAAUAUCAGUACAAUUUGAAAAGAACUGGAAUAGCAUAUUACUAGGGUUAAUAUUGCAUUUAUCUGUACAAAUAUUUAUUCUUGUUUUUGGGGGGUUAUGAUAGAAAUAUAUCUAGGAUUCAUCGUUUUGUAAAUACAAGUUGAAGCAGUUGUAGCAGUUAUAGCAAGCCUUAUAAAUAAAACAUGUAAAAUUUUGGUGAAUAUUUAUCAUUGAUCUGUUACACAAUCUGAAUUUUUGAAGUUUGAAGAAUAUAGGUUUCAGAUAAACUACACGAGUUCAUGAAAUAAGUAUUGCAGCUCAUUAAAAAACAGAUUGGUUGUGUGUCUUGUCGUAACUUUGAAUGCAGUCAAAAGCAAAUUAUGCAUUCCAUGUGUUUAUCAGUUUUUUUGCAAUUUUUUUUUUUUUUACUGUAUUAACUUUAAAGUAUGUCUCAUUGUUUAUUAUUGUUGUUAUUAUUAUUUUUACUAUUACUAUCAUUAUUAUUAUCAUUAUUUUUGUCAUCAUCAUUAUUGUGAUAUACCAGGAGAUAAGCUAUUUAUACUGAAGGACUUCCGGAUAAGCAAGAAAUAAUUUUUUUCUUUUCUUUUUUUCUUCCUGUGAUAUUUAGCAAAAUAUUUUUAAUGGCUGCUUUACUUGUUUCAUAGCAUGUAUUUGGGUAUGAAUUAAGGUGUAGAUGGGGAAAAAAAAAUGGUUGAUUGACAUAUCUACCUGUUUUGGUUACCUGUUGAUAUUAAUUCUUGUAGGCUCUUCGCUCACACAAUGCUGUGAAACUUGUAGAAAAAGUGGACUAUGUAUAAAUCCCAAUUAAAGAGCAUUGGAGAGAAGUGUAAACAUAUCUUUUGUUGGCUAUCUUUCAGUGUAUCUAAGCUUGUAUUACAUAUUUAUUAUAUAGUAAUAGAUUGUACAGCAUUUCCCUCUUCAAAUUAAUGCUUAUACAUUGCAGGAUACUUUGAAAAUGUAUGUAAAAGUAAAGCAUUAAGUUGUUUACUUUUUCCAAGAUGCAUUUGGAAUUUCUGUUGUUUAUGGUUUGAAUUUUGUGUAAAUGAUUAUAUUUAUUUAGUGGAUCUGAUUGGAGUAAUCCAGAAAAUUAUUAAUGGUCAUAAAUAGAAUCUGAAAGUGUGUACUAAAUUUAUAAUGGAAUAGUUGUAUUAAAUUUUAAUAUAUCAUUUAUUAUGUAGACCAAAGAAGUGUUUGAUUGCCUUAAAAAAUAAACUUUAUAGAGCAUAAA